CCGGGAUUCCGGCCGCCGGGGUUUCGGUUCCGGCUUCCCUGGCGCGCGGAGGACGGCGGCCCGGGAGCGGCCAUGGACAAGCUGCGGCGGGUCCUGAGCGGCCAGGACGACGAGGAGCAGGGGCUGACGGCGCAGAGCCUGGACACCGCGUCCCUCAGCUUCAGCACCAGGCUCAAGUGGUUCGCCAUCUGCUUCGUCAGCGGCAUCUUCUUCUCCAUCCUCGGAACUGGCCUGCUGUGGCUGCCCAAGGGCAUGCGUCUCUUUGCAGUGUUCUACACCUUUGGGAACAUCGCGGCGCUGGCCAGCACCUGCUUCCUGAUGGGGCCCAUGAAGCAGCUGAAGAAGAUGUUUGACACCACGCGGCUGCUGGCGACUGUCCUCAUGCUCGUGAGCAGCAGGGCGCGGGCGGGACGGGCGCCCCCCACGCCGGCCAGGUCUCCGGCCACGUCUGUCCACUCCCACCCAGCCGGGAGGGCUGGGUUGUCUCCGCCUCUCAGGGGAAAGACCUUGCCCUGUCAGCCCGUGCCAGACUCGCUUGGACCCGAGGGGCAGUUUGCCCAGCCCGUGCCCAGCGAUGCCCGCCUGUGUGUGCCUCACACCCCUGCCCCCAGUCUCCCUGCCGCACCCGCUGCGUCUGCGGUGACGGGCAGCGGCCUGCUCGCACUGGACGGGACCUUGGGGCCCUGCGGAGACACGAGGCAGCCUGGUCCCUGCCCACCCUGUCGCUCUCCAAGUUCUCAGCAAGCUGCUCAUCAGUCCCUGCGGCCGGCGGGCCCCGGGGCCGGCACUCCCGUGCCAGCAGAGAUGGUGCCGUCCCCAGCCCGGUGGCCGGUCCUCCCCUGUACUUCCCUUUUUUGUUUUUGUUUUGUGGAACUGCACGCUGAAGUGCUCAGGGUCACUCCUGGCGAUGCCUGGGGCCCAUAUGGGGUGUCGGGAUGGGGUGUCGGGAUGGCGCCUGGGUCGGCCACGUGCUGCACUCCAUCCCCAUGCGCCAGGCACAGGGCUGCGCUCCCGUUGCCCGACUUAGCUGGCGUGGGGGCUUCUCAGCGUCUCCUUGGAUCGUGGCGGGAAGAAGCAGUGCCAUUCCUGAGCCCGCCUGCGUGGGGCCCCUCGCACAGGGUGGGGGUCCAGCCCAGACCAGGCAGGGGUCUCCCGCGUCCCUCGGGACAGCUCUGCCGGUAACGGCCGGGGGACAGCUGGUGCCUGCUCUCACACUCUCUCUUCCCCCAGCUGUGCCUGGUGCUGACCCUCUGUGCCGCGCUCUGGGUGAGUCCCGCAUCCUCGGGGCAGGGCUGUGGGCACAGACGCCUGACCCCCGAGCACGCUGCGGGCCCCUCACUCACACCCCGCUCUUGGGACAUGGCCAG